GGUAAAGCUGGGAUUUAUCAAACUGCUUUCCGUAAUUCGCCACAAUUUCUUCAGCUGCAUAUCUUGUUGUUUUGAGGAAUCAGGCUGACAAUUACAGACAAUGGUUGCGUCCUUGUGAAUGAAAAGGGGGGCAGAUGUCUUAUUUCCCUAUCAAUUGGCUGGAUAAUUCGAUGGAGGAGGGUUACUUGUGAUGGAUAGAGUGGCCAUGGCUAUUAACCAUGAAGCUGGAGCCAGACCCUCCCAUCGCUUCCUUCCGUCAAACAGAGCCUCUCUGGUGCUAUAUUGAACACACACUCUCUGAGUAUGCCAUCCAAGUGUGAGAAAGCCCAACGGACCGCUUAACACCCGCUAUUCCAUCUGAGUAGGAGGUGGCAACGAAAGACCAAAUGCCAUGGAUGUAUUUAAUUUCACUUACUGGAAUGCCUCCGAAGGCAAUGGCACAGAAGUUGUGGAAGAGAGCGAAAGCGCCUACAAGACUGUGGAGGUGGUGUUCAUCGUGUUGGUGGCCGGUUCUCUCAGUUUGGUUACAGUUAUUGGAAAUAUCCUGGUCAUGCUUUCCAUCAAAGUUAAUAGGAACUUACAGACGGUCAACAACUACUUUUUAUUCAGCCUCGCAUGUGCUGACCUGAUUAUUGGACUGUGCUCUAUGAACUUGUACACAGUCUACAUCGUAAUGGGCUACUGGCCCCUGGGCCCGGUGGUGUGCGACUUGUGGUUGGCCUUGGACUAUGUUGUCAGCAAUGCGUCUGUCAUGAAUCUUCUCAUCAUAAGCUUUGACAGAUAUUUCUGUGUCACCAAGCCCCUUAGCUACCCUGUCAAGAGGACCACCAAGAUGGCGGGAAUGAUGAUUGCAGGAGCCUGGGUCCUGUCUUUCAUCCUGUGGGCACCAGCUAUUCUCUUCUGGCAGUUCAUUGUCGGUGGGCGGACAGUGCCUGAGAGGGAGUGCUACAUACAGUUCUUCUCCAAUGCUGCAGUCACUUUUGGCACCGCCAUUGCCGCCUUUUACCUGCCUGUCAUCAUCAUGAUUCAGCUCUACUGGCAGAUCUCCAGAGCAAGCAAGAGCCGCGUGAAGAAGGAUGUCCGCAAGCCCUCAGCAGCCAAACCAGAGCCCCUGUCGCCUGCUCAGAGGAAUAACACUCCAAAACCCAACAAUAACAACGUACAGGGGGAGGACACAGGUGGCUGCCAGAGUCAGAAUGCCAAGGAUGGAGCUAACCAGCACGAUGGAAAACUGCAAAAUGGCAAGGGACCUUCCUCGACAAAUGCUGAGGGAGAAACCGAAGGUGAAGAUGUGGCGAGGGAGAACUGCGCUCCUGGAGAAGAGAAGGAAAGCUCCAAUGAAUCAACAUCUGGCAGUGUGGCUGCGUCCAAUCAGAAGGAUGAAGAGGCGGCACCCUCCGCCGCUAACUCCAGUGCUGAAACGAGCCAGCCCCUCCCCCGCCAGCGAGCCAAGGCAGGGGGCUCCAAGCUGACCUGUAUCAAGAUCAAGAGUAAAUCGCCCAAGGGUGACUGCUACACCCCAACAAACGCCACCGUUGAGAUCGUCCCGGCCUCAGAGCGGCAGAAUCACGUGGCGCGGAAGAUCGUGAAGAUGACAAAGCAACCUCCCAAGAAGAAGAAAGGACCGCCAUCACGGGAGAAAAAAGUGACCCGCACCAUAAUGGCCAUCCUGGUAGCUUUUGUUGCAACCUGGACUCCUUACAAUGUGAUGGUGCUUAUAAACACCUUCUGCUCAAGCUGCAUCCCCAACACAAUGUGGACUAUCGGCUACUGGCUGUGCUACAUCAACAGCACCAUCAACCCAGCCUGCUACGCUCUGUGCAAUGUCACGUUCAAAAAGACAUUCAAGCAUCUUCUCCUCUGCCAAUAUAAAAAUAGUAGGUCAGCCAGAUAAAGAUGGGCCACUUAGGAGGAAGGGUUGAAGUAUGAGUUGUCCGUUUGUGUGUGCCAUCUGUGUGUUUGUGUGUGUGCCAUCUGUGUGUGUGUGUGUGUGUGUGUGUGUGUGUGUGUGUGUGUGUGUGUGUGUGUGUGUGUGUGUGUGUGUGUGUGUGUGUGUGUGUGUGUGUGUGUGUGUGUGUGUGUGUUUGAGUUCUGUGAGCAUGAUAAAGCCUGCAUGAGUCCAUUCGACAUUAGUUCCCUUCAUUUGAUCCUUUUGUUUUCCAAUUUCCCUCUCAAAAACUGGUUGUAGCACUUCACACAAUGUAACUGAUUCCAGUUGCGUCAAGAUGUGUAGUGCAGAACAGAUUAGGAAGGUUGCGCAAAAUUAAGUUUUACUCAAGUGUUGUACAGUAAGCUAAACAAAUCUGGCUGUGUAAAGCACGGAGCACUUGGGAGUGACAUUGAGCUGAUAAAAAAUGAGGAACGAUAAAGAGCAGAGGAAGAUCUGCACUGUACGAAAACACACAACUUCAAAUGGGAAAAUAGGGCUGACUGACUUUUCAAAUCUAAGAAGUUUGACGUUCAGUAGAGAUACAUGUAGAUAACUGUACAUAUCAGUGUAGACUCAAUAUUUAUGUCACAUGUGGGUGUGUGCUGACUCUGAGUAUGUGUGUACACUCAUGUCUGCCCCUCUGCUUACUGUCUGUCUGUGAUCUUUAUCAUGGCACUUCCAAACAGCCACAUGUAGAAUAAAGUGGGGCAGCUUGCGUAGAUUGCCUCUUUAGUGGUUACAUUAGGACUGGAAGAUAUUCCAUCUGCUUAUGAGCCCCUGUGGGAUUGAGUCGCCAUCAAUACAUAAUAGAUAUAUAAAUAUAUUAAGCCUGCACUUCAGGCAAAUUACAUUAAAACAAAACACAUUUACUCACUUGCCUUAACUGGUGGUGUUUAGCCAUCACGCUGUGUUUGGGUUGAUUUUGGUGUCUCAAAAUGUCUGCCUCCCCUUCAUGCAUGAAUGCUAUAUUGUUUGUAGUCACAACAUAAAAAAACAUUUAAGACACAGUCCAUACUGAUUAUACUUCUUCAUGAGAACUAUUUUCUAAUGAAGAAGUAAUCUCUCCCACUUAACUCACUUCAAGAAGUUAACAAUAACUGAAAAACUUAUGUUAUUCUUUACAAGAGUUUAAAAUACAAACUUGUUUAUCCAAUACAUCACUACUUCUACUAGCUUGAAUCUUACUAACAAACAAACCCCCACUUUGAUGAAAAGUUUGGUACCACUCAGGUCAUAUAGUUAUGAAGCUAGGCUAAAGUUAGCCUAGCUUAGCAUAGAUUCAGGGAGCCGGGGAAAAUGGCUAGCCUCGCUCCAUUUAUCAACACCUCUAAAGCUGAACGAUUAACAGAUUAUAUCUUGUUUGUUUUUGUGCAAAAUGCAAGUUGUAUAUCUGUGGGAAUAUUUAUUUUUUGGAAGGGAGCAAAAAUUAUUGUUGUCUUGUCAACACUGAGGAAAUCACUACACCCGGCCAAUAAAUAAUCCCACACAUAAAACAACAACUUGACGUUUUGGAUUACAAGCUGCCAUUAAUCAUCAUAAAGUAGUGCCAAAUAGCUGUUAGAACAACAGACAACAAUAGUAAUGACUAAAUAGAAAAUGGUGGCAUGAGAUUGUUCAGUCGCACUCUUUCCUUUGCGUCAUAUCAGUUUGUACUAUUGUUGACAGGAUUGAAUUUCAGUGGUUAUUAGGAUGUUUGCUGUUGCUUCUAGUAACCAUCCCUCUGUGAGUGAAACAGGUGGCUGGAGCUCAGAGCUGAGGUGUAUUACUGUCUGUGGGAAGGCAUUGUGUGGUGUGUGUGUGUUUGUUUUUUGGCGUGUGUGGAUGAGUGGGAGACAUCAUAUGAUUCUGCUGAUUAGUAGAUUGAUGUCACAGCGUGUACUGUACUCACUAUACUGAUGAUGAUUGUGAAGUGUGUGUGUGUGUGUGUGAUCUUGUGUGAAGCGAGUGUGGGUAUACCUGCUGAUGUGUGUUUGCUCCAAGAGUGGAGUUUACUUCUGAUCACGGGUUAAAACCUUGUGAUUUAAAUAAGGGCUAUUUCUGCGUCUUUAAUGUACACAUUCGUAAUCCAUCGUCUUAUUUUGAAAAUUAACAAGCGGGUUAAUUAAUUCUAUGUAAAUCAUUUUAUUCUUAGAUUGAAAACAAUAAAUAGCUGUGUCUUAUUUUAAUUGAAAAAUAAAUUAGAAAAAUAUCAAUUUACUGUAAGACAUGUUCAGUGUAUCCAUGCAUGUCAUCCAUCAUUUCAACAUAUUAGCCAAUUCUCUGUUACGGUUAUGUAUGCUCACCAGGUGGAGUGAUGAAUAUUCAGGAGCAUUUGACGUCAGGAGGUUGCCACAGCGGCUGGUAGGGGGGCUUUGCAGAGAAUUACUCCUGCACGGAAUAUCUCCUCAAGGCUGUCUCCUUAUACAGAGAUCUGGGACAGAUCCUAUAAUGAAAACUCACCAUGAGGCUGAUCAGAUUAUAGGACGAUGUGGAACACCUACAUUUGAGAUUAAAGAUUGCCCAUUACACGCUCAGCUUGUGCUUGCAUGCUAUGCGCCCAUGCCCCACUUAGUGCUCCACUCGGUCCUGAUCCUGGUAUAGUCUCUACCUCAUAUAUGAGGUCAUGAAUGUAAUGUAAAUACCACAUUUAUUCAUUAGCUUGCUCUAUUAUUAAUUCCCUAACUCCUGCACUCAUUAAAGCCUUCGUUCCUGCUAUGUCAAAGCUCCUAAGUGCAGAGUCAGUACUUGCAUUCAAGUGUUGUAGUCACAGAAAUACAUUAAAUGUUCUUUACAUUUACAUUUAUUUGCUGGCAAAUAGCAAAUGCUUUGUUAAAUUACCAGCCAUUCAUAAACUCUGUAUGCAUCCCCAAAAUGUUGCAUUACAUCAGUGGUGGAAGAAUGAUCCUUUACUCAAAUCAAAGUUACAAUAAAUACAUGUACAAAUAAUGUUUAACAAAUGAUACUCAUGCAUUUAAAAUUGUACUUAAGGUGAGACGACGUCUUUGACAGCUUAAGUCAAUUUACAAAUCGCAAGAGUUUCUUCCUUUAAUACAAUUGAAGCCAUUUAUUGUCAAAAUUAUUCUUAAUAUGGUCAGGAUAGUUCUAAUGAUCCUACAUGUGACAUAGGAAGGGGAGCCAAAUAAGAAUACAUUUUUUAAUCCAAUGUUUUCUGACCUGGGCAGCCAACGAAAACUGACCAUGUCGUCUUAUUUCAAAGUGUGUGCGUUUGGUUGGCACUCCGGAUGCCUAAAUAUGGGGAUUUCCUCGAUAUGUCCCAUAUACAUAAUUCUGAAUGGGCCUUUAGAGUAAUUGAACUUUUUCCCCACUAUAAGUACCUAUACUAUUUUGGUAUUUGAGUAAAUGCACAUUCCACCUCUCCUGCUCUUCAUAGAUGGUCCAUGUUUAUCUGUCGAGACAGUUUCCGCAUGAAGUGAGGCAUCCAUCCCACAUUGACAUCCAACCAUCCGUCACGUUGAUAAGUAGAACCAUGUCUGUCUGACAUCCGUCACACGUCUCAGUAGUGAGUAGAGAGCCUUUCAGAAUAUCUGAUUAAUCUUUGCUAAGCUGUCGUUUGAGUGAUACCAGCAGGAGAAUAAGUGGCUCACAGCUCAAGCGGUGGUCCAGGGGUCCCAGUUUGAGCAGCUGCUUGAGUGUUUGAUGGAAGGUGAUGGCAGUUUAUCACCUCCUGGAGCGGGAGAUGCAUCUAAAAACAAACAAAAGUGCUUUCCGUGCUUAUCUCCACAGCAUGCACUUUAAACGUCAGGAGUAAAGUUCUCAAAAACCCCUUCGCUCCCCCCCUGCUCCUGUUGCCAAUAUGGUGGACGGAUGAGGACAAAAAUACGUUGUUGUAUCAGGCGUUGUUGCUGGAGGGGGGGGCGUGGGGGUGGAUGAUGUGAGAGAAUGUGGGCUUAUGAUAGAACGAGUAAGCGUUGUUUCUCGACAGCGAAAGAGAGCGGCUGUCAUGCGUGUGAGGGAGAUAGCCCCCAAGGUGUACACUUUGUACGUUUAGAAACAGAUAAGCUUGCCUUUGUAGUCAUGGCUACGAGAAGGGGAGGAGGGGGAGAGACGGGGGCUUGUCAGUGACAAAAUCCAAAGCUAGAUAUUCAGCCUGCACCAUGUUUGGAGAAGUCACAGCCGUUCUGUGCAGGUCAGCCAAGGGUUUUGAUGCAGGAAUUCGAGUGUCCCAGACGAAACCUGCCGCCUGGUGUAAACACAGCGAGAUACGGUGCUGUUUACCGGCGCUGUUUACCGUCCCUGCCACGCUUUUAUUGCGUCUCAUCCUCAUAUUGUGCAAACAGAAUCCACCGUCUGUGCUUAUUAUAUUAUAACCGUCUUACUUUACGAGCUCUAAUGCAUAUAUGCUCACCUACGGACCAUAUAUUCUGAUGUUCAUCUGUCUAAUAUGACUAGAAUAAACAUUGUCUCCAUUGUAAUCAACAGACCAUCAUGUGCCGUCAGAGCUAGCUGGGCUCCUCUUCACACGGCUAAUGUCAAAGGGCUAGGCUCCUUUUACGGAGUACGUAUGACAUUUAUCAGAGACAACUUCAAAUGUAGGUUUUCUCUGGGCUUCUCUCUCUCUGGGCUGUUGCUGAUAAUAAUUUCGGCAAUCUUGUGCAGUCAUGCAGAAUCUAAAACGCAGCAGCUUGUGCAUGCUGGGAGAAUUCUAAUCGGAAAUUAUAUUUAUAUCGCCAGAUUGUACGGAGCAAUUGAAAGUGCCUUAUCCAGAUAAACAUAAAGAAAUUGCUCUUUUAUCCCUCAAUCCCUGUUGUAUCUUACAGUAAGUGUGUCUGUGUGUGUGGACGGGGCUGCAGUGUGAUGCCCAUUAGAGAAAGUGUUCAGCAUUUUAAAAUUAAGAUUUGAUGUUUCUCAGCUCUGAGCUCCCAACCCAUUGUAACAGCCACUGUGAUUGCAGAGUGGACUGAACAAUCUAAAAUCAUCCUCUCAAUCCUUUUGAAAUCAUUUCUCAAAACAUGUGACAUCAUUGACACAUUUCAAUACAUCUAAGAAGCACCGCGGGCUAUUUUUUUUGUUUUUUUCAUCCAGUGUGUGUGCGUGUGUGCGUGUGUGUGUGUGUGUGUGCAUUGACACCCAUCAUGUGGGAAAUUGUGCUUUCCUGUGUGUGUGUGUGUGUGUGUGUCUGCCUUUAUACUGAGAGCAGUGCUGUCAUUGGUCAGCGUGGGUGUGUGCAUGCAGCUUGAUGUGCGGUGUUUUAUUUGUUCUCAAUGGCAUCCUCAGCAUGAAGACAUCAGAUUUGGACAAAAUAUCAUGGCACACAUCAGGGAAGAUGCACACAGUGUAAUGUGUAUCUCUCUGUCAUCACUCCUUUCUCUUUAAAAAAUGUCGUUCAAUAGCAACAGGUUGCAAGACUCACUUAGACACAGUUUUGUGUGGUAUUGGAAUACAUAUAAAUACUUAUAUUGUACAUUUUCUAUCACAUUUAGUAUACCUGUUUCUUUUAUCACUGUAAAAAGUACAAGUAUAAUAUUCCAAAUUAAAAUAAGAUCAGUGUACAGCAAGAGAGUUUAGUUUUUUUCAUUUGAAAUUGAAAUUGCUAUUUAAAAUCUUUAAAUAUAUGAGUAUUAUGGAAAGUAUUUAAAGAAAAUAUUGUUAUAAGAGGAGAAGGUAUAAAUAUAUGUGUAUUUCUGGGGGCAUGAUUUGCUAAGGAUGAAUUAUUGCUUUGUAAACUGAGCGACUGGAUCCAAACUGCGAGGAUUUCAAGAAUGACUUUUGCUGCCAGAUGGGCGAAAAUAGAGCAAAUUGGAAAUCCGAAGAUUGACGAAGGCUAAAAUUUGCUUCCAGUGACCUAAAGGCUAAGAGGCAAGUGGCUUCAUUUUGAUUUUACCUGUUAGACACACUCACCUUGGAAAGAAUUUGGUCAUCUUCUAUCUUACCGGACACACUUUCUAACUUUUAGCAACUUUACCAUCCUGGGGAAAAGGUUGUUUUUUUGUGUAGAGCAACAUAAGUGUUGAGCUUUUUGACCUGAUCUGAAAUUCAACGGUCAAGAUUAACAUGUGGAUUUAAAACAGAAUUAGCACAACAAAAAAAGAGUAAAUAAAAAAAAAAAAAUGAAUAGCCUACUGCAAAUGUCAAGUGUACAUACAAGUGUUCAUUUGCCUAUGUACGUAGAUGUUCAUGUAUAUUCACUCACUGUGGCUUGUGGCUUCUCUUGCAAUAGGUAAACACAUUUUACAGUCUAUUGUUUGCAUUGUAUAUAUCUAUAUGAUAAUAAAGUAUAUGUAAUUCAGAUGUGGUACAUUUGAAAUGUACAUACACGUCUUUAAUAGCUUAUAUCUGAAUGUUUCCCUCAUUUAUGCUUCUCCCCCUCCCCCACUAUGAUACUUCCUGUACAGUAACAAUGGUAUUAAUUUCCUUUUUUGAGGCAUUCUUAAUUGAUUAUAUGUUCUGGACAAUGAAUCUGAGUGUUAUUAUUAUUGGCCACCUACGACACUGUAAGAUGAACUGCAUUACGUGGUUACAUUGUGCCAUAUUCUCUCAGAAUGGAAUUUAAAUAAAGAUAAUAUGAAAUGUG